AUGGCUCAAGGUAUGGCCUUCACUGCUUCCAUUGUUAAAAUCGCCGGCGCGGGGUUUCGGCUCUCACUGCUCCUCAAUGCUGCCGCUUGUCAACUCGCUCAGUCGAGGCUGGAAAUUCAUAGCAUCGCCAAGGGGAUCUCGCUUUUCGCUCUAGCACUCAAACAUGUUGGGCAGACUAUUGAGAGCACCGGUGCGGACCAGUCUCCAGAGGCAACUGAGAAAGCCUGGGAGAUCGCCGGACAAGGCCAGAUGAUCUUUAUUGAAAUCGAACACAUGCUGGACAAGCUGAAGGCAACCGAUAGAGACAGUGACCUUAUGAGGAUUCCACUGCAGGAGAGACUCAAAUGGUGUUUCCGGAAGCAACAUGUCACCUAUUUACUAGCCCAGUUGGAAUCUCUCAAGCUCAGCCUGAUUGUAAUGCUACAGACUCUACAGCUUGGAAAGGUCAUCAAAUCCAACGUUGACGAGGGGACUGAUACUGAUUCACUUACAUCCUCCGCCGAUGAUGCGAUUGCCCAAGAGAAAGCAGAAUCUCAGAACAUGAUCAUCGUCCGAUAUUGGUCUAUCAAGCGCCUGGAUCGUUUGUGGGAUCUUGUGGAACAGGAGACUUUGGAUGCCGCUAAUGACCCGACAAACCAGAGAAUCAGUUCCAAUUACUCGUCCAAUAUGGCAUCGAAGUCACUGACUACGGCAACCAGACGCUCGGAUCCGACGAGACUGCCCAUUAUUACUCUUGGAGACAGUGGCGUGGGGCUGAGUGAUAUGGAAAGAUCCCCGAAGGAUAUGGUGCAACUAUCCGAGAGCACAUUGAAUGGGCUGCUUUCACUCUGGGUGCCUUUGGUUGACCCUUCGGAAUUACACCACGCAAGCAAACGUUCCAACACAUCCAACAAGCUAGUCCAACCUCGAGUCUACGUCUCCUCGGACACCGAAGAAGACGAUGCCGAGGAGCUAGACUUUGAUGGUCACGAAAUCCGAGGUUACUACCUCGAAGGAUCAACAGUGGACUGGAGAGACCCUCAUUCCCAAGAGGCUCGACAGCAUGCAGCAGAGCUGCGCCGAAAGUACUCCAGCUACCAGGCUCACGUUGAAAGCGAACCAGAGCCAGAUGAAUUCAAGCAUCGAGAUAAGCCUCGCAGCGACCCAAGGGUCAUCGACUCAAGUGAUGAAGACGAGCAAAGAGCGGACACUCAUCGGCCCUCACACGGCACCAACCCCAUGCAAGCAGAUUCAACACAUACCCAAGCGGCAGCUUCCCACCCCCCUAGCCAUACCAUACCCCGUCCUCCACCACUUCCCUCACACACACUCCCGGGUCCACCCCAGCAGCCAUACAAAUACCACCCAAACCAAGACUACGCCACAGCUCCCCGAUCCAUCCCAAUUAACAUGAAUCAACCCAACAACCCACCCAUCACCAUUCCCAACACCAACCCUUCUCCCAGAGGCCCAUCGCCAAACCAAGUCCACUUUGAGUCCCCCCGAGCCCGAAAUCAUGCAUACAACACUAUCCCUAAUAACAACAAACCCCAAUCCCGCUACCACCCAUCCGCAUACCCGCUUUCCUCCUCAUCCCCCGAGUCUAGCUUCCGAGCCUCGCCGACUCGCUCGGAACAACGAUCUCCAUCGGUGCACCCACGCCAGUCCUCGCGCGAAGAUGCCAAGGAUCGACAUAAGGCUUUGACCCGUAAUGCUACAAGGGGAUUGGCGGGGAUCGGGGCUAUUGCUGGAUUCAUGGAUGCGCUAGAGGCGUUUUCAAUUCUGUAA